CUCAGUUCUCCACUGCGCUCCGUGUGAAGCGGAGCUUUCGAGAUAUAUCUCCUCUCGCUCUCCCUCUCGCUCGCCGCGAUCCGCGCGGGAUCGAUCCUUCGAUCGGGUUCCCGUACUUCCCCGUGCGAGUGUGCCAGUCACGUUCGCCAAGGAAAUCGUGAGAGGACGAAAGGCGGCGAUAUCUCGAUCUAGCCGCCUCUUUCGAGGAGAGCCCGUGAAAGGGACAGGCGAAAAGGGUUGAAAGGAAAAGACGACGAUGUGCGAGGGAAAGCUGCUGCGAGUGCUCUAGGACGAGAGGACCCGAACUGACCGAGCGAACAUCGGACACUUUCGAGAAGGAUCCUUUCGGGAAAGAGUGCGACUUCGGAGUAAUCAUGAUGACGCCGAAGAGAUUGACCGAGCUAUCCAGGUGGCUGCUGCUGGCGGGGCUUUUAUGCUGCUCGUCCUGCCAGAGCGUACCGUCCUCCUUCGAGAAUAAAACCGGUGGCCAGAAUGACAGCCGGCCGCGGAUAUUCUCCCCCAGGAUGGAUUACGACGAGUGGACGCCGUUGGGACGCGGCGACCCCCUGAAGAACAAUCCGACCUUCGACUACGUACCGCCGGUCCUCGACAGAGUACAGUACUGGUUGGACUCGCAGCAGCAUACAACCGAGCCGUCGUCGAAGCGUGACAUCCUCGUGCUGGGCGUGACCGCGAAGAAGACCAGCCCGAAAAUACCCGAGCAGUUCCUCAAGUUCGUGGACGGUCCCAAGUUCACGCGGACCGGCGGUCAGGACUCGAUCUCCUAUAGGAACGACUUCACCGGCAGCGCCGGCGCCGAACCGCCCAAGAUCGUGCGCACCACGAGUUUCCGGAACGGCUUGAUUGACUACAGAAAUCAGAACAGGCUGCAGUCGUUGCCAGCCAGUUAUUAUCCGAGCUCGUACUACAGUCAAAAGAUAAAGCCGUACACCAUGAUGAUGCCGCCGCCCAUGAUUCAGAAAGCCGAGACGUCCACCAGUUUCAACGUCGGCACGUCCAAGGAUAAGCUGAUCGGUUAUCCGGACGCCUCGUCGGCCUUUAGCACGCAGACGGAGGAAGGUCCCGUCCUUCAGGACGUCCAGUACUACGGGACGCCCGCGAAAGACUUUGGACGUUACUCGCCCGCUCCCUCGUUGAGACCGUAUUCUACUUCGAAAGUACCGCCGCCGAGCAAGAUCGAGACCAUCAAGAGCGUUUACGUACCGCCCGCGACGCAGAACACAAAAUUUAGAUAUGAAGCGACCACCGCGCCGUCCGUGUCCUUUGAGAAGUCAAAUCUGAUAUACCAAUCGACGCAGACUCUGUCCGGCGGAUGGCUGGGCAACAAUGGGCCCACCUCGUCCUCCACGGUAUUGCCGCUGAAUGUCAAUGUCACUUGGCAGGUUUCGGAUUACUCCAGAGAUCACUACGAUCAUCACGCCGCAGCCUCGUCCAAUCACGAGGUCGUCGUCGGUCAGAAUGCGAACAUCAUCGUGGACGCCAGUAAAAGCGAAAACGAGGAAGUGGUCAUAGGCAAGAAGGAGAUCAGCACCGAGGCAACGUCCUCGACGACGGAGAGCGUCGCACAAACCUCCACCGCCUCCACCACGACUGUAGAUUCAAUUGAGCAGGAAGAGGAAGAAGCUACGACAACCGACGCGCAGCCCUCGCAGAAGAUGCACAUCGUCGUCGCGAAUUCGCCGUCCGACAUCAUGGAUCUGGAGGCGCAUAAAGCGAAGAAGGGCCCGGUCGCCGUGGUAAUGCCGACGAAUUACGUCGAGAAGAAUUUCUCCGCGAGCUCUUCGGAUUCACCGACGACGACGUACAACGCUUGGGAGAAUCCCACCACGUCCGAGAUGACGAAGAUGACCUAUCAGGCGUCGAAGUCCCAUUCGCAGCCGAUAAGGAACGCGAUAACGAGUUCGCCGAUUCUAUCGGAGGAUCAUCCGUCCGCUUCCUCCGCGCCAAACAGAAUUGUACCGCCCUCGCAGCUCCCACAUCAGCCCCCGCAACCACCAUCCGCCCCGGUGAUGCCUCCCAGACACGUUGGCGGUUCCUCGCACGUGUACGUCCCACCGCAGACGGCCUCACAAUCUAUGAUGCGCCCUCAGGCCAGACCCAACACCAUGAUGCACUACAUCGGUAGCAUGCGUCCCGGCUUCCGACCGUCCUCGCCCGUAUCGAUGUCGUCCCACAUGUCGCCGCCUAUGGCGCACAUGCACGCGCCAUCCAUGAACAACAUGAUGGUGCCGUUGUCGAGCAUGGAGCAGGCUCAUCAGCGAUUACCUCAACCGUUCCCCGUGACGUUCACCAAUUCGCCGUCCCCGUCGACUUUCUUCAGCACGCAGAUUCCUGGCUUCGACAAGCAGCCAAUCGACCAUCGGCAAUCGUCCCGCGUACCCGCGACAACCGUGACCACCUCGCCGUCGUUCACCUCGACGAUCUCGUCCACCAUGGAGUACACGUCCACCAUGGACACCACGGAUCCUCAUGAGAGCACGAAACCCGAUCAGCCACCUUUGAUAAAGAUCCUCAAUGCCGAGGAGAUCCCGAAGACGAAGACGACACCUACGCCAUCGUCGACAGGCCCACCGCGAACCACAACCGUGCCGAGUCUAACCACCGACCCGAUUUUCUCCCAUUACAAGCAACCGGUGAAACCGAUUCGCGGCCCGAUGUAUCUGAUUAUUCAGGGCCACUCGAAGGUGAAGACUUACAAACCCACGGUGAACAAGCACAGCGUGCCCGUGGAGAACAAUGAGAUCGUGGAGAGCGCGACCGAACGGCAGCUGUCCAAGCUGGAACAACUGAUUCGGGAAAAUACAAAGAACGGCCCCGUCGACCUGGCCGCUGAGAAGAGAAAGCUGGAGGAGAAGGCGCGCGCCGAGAAGCACGUAUCCUUGCGCCAGGAGAGCCUCAUGAGUCUGGUCGAGAGCGGCUUGAGCGGCUUUACCGUGUCACCGUCGACGGUAGCGGAGGACGAGCGUCGCGCGUCCAACUCGGUUACAAGCAUCGAGAUCAAUUAAGGAUCUGGUUGUUUGCGACAGCUCUUUCCCUCGUAGGAGGAAGCAAGCUCGACAGCCGGAUGCUGGCGGCUGAGAGCACCCCGCAAGGGAGUGUCCUCGUUGCGCGUUGGCGAAAGGGUAGCGCCGCCGUUCUCAGUAGGGAUGCAAUUUUAUUAGGGGCGAGAUCGAUUUAUUCGUUGCUUAUACGCAUUACGGGGUUCGUACCGUAAGUCGUUGGGUGAAAAUCGAUGGCCGAAUGUCGUCGGACGCGCAUGAGAUGGGAACUCGAAAGGUUUCGAUGGCUCGACGCCCUCGCGGUGUUCCCUUUCAGUAUAGGAGCUACCUGGGAGACACGUAUAACUACAGCAACGCUGACAAACGAGGUGUCGAGAAUUUAAGUUAUUUAUUUUAUUUGUCGUUCCGUGAUAUAUUGAGUGCCUCUAUAUAUUCUUUAAUGUCGGACAUUUCUGAAACGAAUUUAAGUAAUAUUUAUAGAUUUGCAGGUAACGAUUGAGUUAUGAUACACAGGUCUACGGUAAACGGACACGCGAAUGUGCGUUUAAUCGUGCUUUAUUUAUUCGAAUCAUCGAUCGGAAUAAUUCGAUGCUUGGUCAUGUCCAUUACUAAUUGUAAUUAUUACAAUUGUUAUAUUUUAAUGCAUACGUCAUGUUCAUGGAUAAUUUAAUAUUUUCACAUUUUAAUUAUACAUUUAUACAGUAUAAUUUAAUUUAUUAUUUAUUUUGUUUAACAUGUAUACGUAGGUUGUUCCCUUUGUUUUAUUUCAUUUAACGCGUGUUGUAAUUAAGUCCUGCUUUACAACGAACGUUACAGUUACACCUCGAUUAUGCAAUUGUAAUUCGAUUAGCAUUAGCAGACCUGUAAUCCGAAGCAAUUAGCGACGUAUAAUUAAUUAGCGUCUUCCCUUUUACUUUCGCAUCAAUGACUCACCGUCGCGCGAGCUACACGGGAUAAUCGCGAAUUCAUGCACGCCUCGCGUGCCGAGAUUUUUCGAAUAAUCUACACGAGGGGAAAGACCACUUUCAGAUUUCCCACAAAAUCACCGAGCAAUUUGCGCGAGGCGCAAACUCUCGGCUCCAGAGUUUCUCGUAGUCAUUGCGUGCAUGGUAAAAAUGCGGUUCUACAAGUCCGCGUUCGUCGUCCGCUUCAAUGUUCAUUUUCGUUUGCGUCUUCGAGAUCGACGAAUGUCACUCGCGGUGAUAAGGAAAAUCUCGCUGUCACCAGAUAACCAGAGGCUCAACCAGGCAGUUCUCUCCAUGUCCUGCCACGCUUUCAUCCACGAUGAAAAAAAAAGCGCGCCAAUUUCAUAUGUGCCAGUAUACAUAAUUACAUAUAAAAAUAAAGAAAAAGUGUAAUUAUAUACAUAUAAUAUUAACAUAUUACACUAUUUAAUAUUAUAUUAUAUAUACACAUACACAUACACACACACGCAUGCAUAUAUACACACGUGCAGACGCACACGUUUUACACAUCUGUGCGGAAUAAGCGAUCGUUCGAGGAUUCCGAUCGCGCAUUCGACCCGCUUGCGUCCUCGACGACAGUUAUCGCGAUCGCGAAUGCGGCGAGUGUACGAAUUGGAAUUCGCGUUUCACUCGCUGUUUUAUGGCGUCACUCGAUUCGCGUGCGCGCUUUCUUCCGCAAUCUAAAUAUCGAGCGAACUCGUUUUACGAUUAUCGCGGUGCGAUAUCAUUGCGGAACGCUGCUGCGUGGCUAUCAAUGAGGGCGUAAAACCCGCGUCUCAGAUCGAGACUCCUGGACCGGUCUACGCGGCUUAAUUGCGCCGGUGGAGCUCGCGAUCGCGUGCGCUAUAUGCACACAAUAAUAUUAUUUAUCGUACAGUGUAGUCGAACGAAAGAAAUGCCGGGAUGUCGAAGAGGUAGCGGUGCUCUUGGAAAUUCCUUGGAAGACUUGGCUUCCUCUCGUCGCAAUUUUGUAACGUCUGACGCGAUACAAUCGCGGUUUCUAAAAGCAUUAUCUCUGAAAUUUGAUAAAACAUCGCUGAAGGUUUAGCUACGUAAAAAUAACACAUCGCCAACCGUCUCGAAAUUGGAGCAGAUACUUUAUCUAUCUCUCGCGGGAGAAAGCUCGCAGCUUCCAAGACAUCUUGCACGCGUAUGACGUACGAUGUAAUUUAUAUAGAUUCGUGAAUGUUAAGAAUAGGUUUCUCCUUAGUAUCAUAUUUAUUGCGCUAGAGAUACAGAAAUCGAAGGUGGAAAGUCUCAAAAUCGCCGUAAUCAAUCGCUCGAACACACAUUCGACCCCGUCUCUUACGCGCUUUAGGUUGACGCUUAAAUAUCAGCAUCGGGACUUCCCGUCCUCAAUUCCGUUUGUUCUACCACGGUCCACUUAUUUAUCGCGCACAAACACCGCGCCGCCCGAUAGAAUUCACCUAUAUUUGUCGCAGACAGCUGCCGGGAUCGUCCGGCAGCAGAAUUUCUCGAUUCUCGUCGCGAUUCUCACACAGAUAUCAUCGUCCCCUUUCCGCACGGCUAAAAUCUCUCUCUCUCUCUCUGCUCGCCCUCCAAGGCAAAUUCCCCGUCGAACAAUGAAUUACGCGAAGCGUAAAAAUAUCGUACGGUGUAAAACGAGAACGACCGACUUCUCUCCGCUUUAUUUUUUUCCCGUGUCUACGCCCUUCGAUUCCGAGGUUUCCGCACAACGUUUCCGUACACAAAACACCCGAUACACUUUAUACCUUUAGGCGCUACGACGUGAAACUUACAUUAACACUAGUCUUACACCCUACCAGUUACCAAACAUAUCGCGUACGUACUAACAGCUCCCAGAUACUAUAUCACGACCCGACUCCCCUUGCUCGUAGCGAUCGUAAUUAGGCGUAGUCGAAGUUUACGCGCACUCACACGCAAUAUAUAUAAUAUACUCACGCACAUACACAUGAUAUAUUAUAGGUAUACGCAUAUAUAUAUAUAUUACACGUAUACGGUGUAUUUUAUUUCUAUAAAGAUAAAUUGUAUGUAUAUUUGAUGGCGAUGUGAGCGCGACCACGCGACAUCGCGAUCACCCUUACGCAUUCGGCGUUACGUUCGCACGCUCGGGCACGGCGUGCAUUAAGUUUACGUACGUAUAUAAAUUGUACCUGACGGUCACGCACGCGUUCUGUUGAUUCUUCUGUUUUAUUAAUAAAGCAUCUUAUUAUCGAU